AGUUGUUUUUGUUGAAUUCAGUCAAUGUCAUACCUAGGUGUAGCAAUGAAAUUAACAGUAUAUAGAGAAAAACUAGUGAAUCAAGUGUUUAUAAACUUUAUUGCGUAUAACAAGUAUACAAAUAUAAUUUUAUAAUAUUAAUAUUAUAAUCGUUGCAUACCGAUAUUUUUCGUUUUUAAUUCAGAUUAAAUGUGGAUUUAAAUUUCAAAUUGACAAUGAUUGAAAUAAUUGCUUACAUAAUUGGUAUUGUUCUUGUGAUGGUAUGGUGUUACUUCAAAUGGCAAAACAGGCGCUUUGAAAAAUUGGCUGCUAAAAUGCCGGGGCCUCAAGCGUACCCGAUCAUAGGAAUAGGAUAUAAAUUUAUUGGCUCAUCAGAACAGGUCAUGAGCAAAAUAAUUGAUUUGGUGAAAGAAUAUAAUCUAUCGCCAAUUAAAUUAUGGUUAGGACCAUAUUUUGCAGUUUCCAUUUGUAAACCAGAAGACUUACAAAUUGUUUUAAAUAAUUCAAAGGCUCUACAGAAAGACCGAAUGUACAAUUUUUUCAAGAAUGGUGUAGGUGAAGGUUUGUUUACUGCACCAGUUGACAAAUGGCGGAAACAUCGUCGCAUGAUCACUCCCGCUUUUAAUGCCAAGCUUUUCGAACAAUUUUUCCCAGUGUUUAACGAAAAAAACAAAAUUCUUAUCAAGAACGUUACGAAAGAAUUAAAUAAAACACAAAUGUUUGAUCUCUGGCACUAUAUUGCACCAGCUGCUCUUGAUACUAUUUGUCAAACCACUAUGGGGUACAAUCUAGACACUCAAUCAAACAAUAAAGAAUGUGAAUUCGGCGAAGCAAUUGUAAUGGCAUCGGAGGUAGUCACGAUGCGAAUUUACAAACCUUGGUUAUAUCCAGAAAUCGUGUUUUCAAUGUAUUUAAAACUUACUGGACACCAAAAGAUUUUCGAAACGGUGAAAAAAUUUCCAUUACAAGUAAUCAAGGAAAAGAAAGAAGCAUUUGACCAGAGGAAAAAAGCAAUUAAUGCGAAAGUAGACUUAACCAACAAUACGGAUGAAAAUCAAUCAAAACUAUUCUUGGACAUAUUGUUUGAACUGAACAACACUGGUGGAAACUUUUCAGAUUCCGAUAUUAGAGAUGAGGUUAUAACGAUGAUGAUUGGGGGUAGUGAAACCAGUGCUAUCACAAUCUGUUUUUGUCUUUUGAUGUUAGCCAUACAUCAAGAUAUCCAAGAUAAAGUAUACAAUGAAAUUUAUGAUAUUUUUGGUGGGAGUGAAGAAACAAUAACAAUUGAAGACACCACUAAACUGGUGUAUUUAGAACAAGUGUUAAAAGAAACCCUUCGAUUAUACCCUGUAGGGCCAGUGCUACUUAGAGAACUUCAAGACGAUCUUAAAAUAUUUACAAAUGAUUAUGUACUGCCAAAAGGAACAACGUGUGUUAUAAGCCCAAUAACCACACAUCAUAGUCCUGUUUUAUACCCAAAUCCUUGGACUUUUAAUCCUGAAAACUUCACCCCCGAAAAUGUCGCAAAACGUCAUAGAUAUAGCUUUAUUCCUUUUAGUGGUGGUCCAAGGGGUUGCAUAGGAUCCAAAUAUGCGAUGUUGUCGAUGAAAGUAACUGUGUCAACAUUUUUACGACAUUUUAGCGUACAUACAGACAUAAAAUUAACAGACAUUAAGUUAAAAAUAGAUUUGUUGAUGAGAAGUGUUCACGGUUAUCCGGUUAAAAUUCGACCACGAGUGAAAAGACCAAUAAAAUAUGAGUGAAAUUAGAAUCCGCUAGGAUAAUGCUCAAUUGAUUAAUAUUAUGAUUAGUAUAUUUUGAAUUUUUUUAUGUUAUGUAUCAAUCAGUAAUUAUAGAGUAUCAUGCUUCUUAUUGAAUACAACUAUUGUCAGCUGGGUAAUAUGGAGAAUACGCUGUUAUGAAGGUAAUGUUUAUUUUUGUUAACUUAAAUUAUGAAUUAAGCAUUUACAUUAACUUAUCUGUAUCGUUUAUAACAAAAAAAGAACUGUUGAACAUAAUUAAAAACGAUUUGAAAAAAAACUUAAAUACAUGAGUACCUAACUAUAGGUAUAUUUUACUAUAGUAUAUUUUUUUAACACGGGAAAGUUAUAUUUUUUCAGUUUCUGAAGACUAUAAUUUAGUGAUCGAAUAUUGUGUUAAAGUUAAAUUAAGUUAAACGUUUAUUAUAUAUUCUUUGUAUUUUAUUUGUUUAUAGUACCUACUUUACUUUAUUGUUAUAAGUUAAAACUAGUAUCUUACUGUUAGCCUGUUAUACUUAACCAGCUGUUAAGUAUAAUAACAAAAGCGUGAUUUGGAAUUUUUUGUCGUGUUUUUUUUUUUAAUUAAUUAUCAUGGACAUUCAUUGCUAUAAGGUCAAUCAUAGGUAUCGUGAACCGCUUUGAAUCACGGUUUAUUUGUUAUCGAGAUAGCGCACCUAUAAAAUGUAAUAUAUAAUAAUAAUAAUGUAAUAAUAAUAUAGUACGUAUAUACAGGCACCAUUCAAGAAUAACACGUUGAGUCCAUCACUCGUAGCCCGUGCCACAGCCCGUCAACGUACUAGUUAUGUUAGUAUAGUUUAAUUUUUAUUCAUAUUACAUAAAAUAAUUCCGCAUUCUGUAAUGUACACCGUACAUAUAUUAUAUUGAGCGUACAGUGGAGUACGCGCACUUUCUAAACAGUAGUAGGAACUCGUGAAUCUGAUCUGAAACUAGUUCGUUUCAACUUCAACCUACUCUACAUAUUAUAAUUUUAUUAUUAUAUGUAUUAUCAUAAUAAUAUGUAUCUGCGCGCGUAGAUGUAUAAAUAUCAUAUACAAAGUUAACAGAUAAUUACGUAUUACCUGUAGUUUAAACAUCGACAGUAAAAUAUGUAUUUAUAUUUUUUUAAAUUGUUCUUAAUUAAUAUCGGCGACAUUAAUGGCCAUUAGUUACAAUUUUUACAAUUGACAUUUUUUUUUUAAAUUUUAUUGUACAGUUUAGUUUUGUUUAACAAAUUUAUGAAUUUUUGUGAUGGUGUAUACUCUGGUCCGAGUUCUGUUAAGGUGUUGGGUAUGUUGAAGUUUCCAUGUUCAUCUGCGGUAUAUUGGAGGCAUUCGGUGAUUAAGUGGUUUAAUUAAUUUAUCAACUUGAAAAAGCAGUUAUGAAACAAAAAUAAAUGUGAUCAGUGCCUCUACGAAGUGAGUUUAGGUUUCUAAACAUAAGUUUAGAACACAUUAUAUCUCCAUUUUAUAGAUAAUUCAUCAAGUUCGCAUACUGGGCUUUCCUAACUUCUAAAUAUUAAA